AUGAGAAGAGGCGUGAUCGGCGCGGUUCUCAAGUAUCUUGGUCCAAGUGAGCAUGAUACUCCUCGCCUUGUUCGUCGAGGAAGAAGGUUCAGUCGCAUUUCCAUACUCCAAUUCUCGCUCUGGGUUUUUGUCUUUGCUGCUAUCUUUCUUCUCUAUUUCCUCUUCUUCGGCCUCGUAAUGUUAUCUCCAGCUAAGAUUGAAGAAAGUGCUGAUGUUUCAGUACACGAAGAAUCUCUGCCGUUUGAUGGUGUGAAUAUUUCGGUAACGAAAGAAUCUCCGCCCGCUGAUGGUAAAAGCAAGCAUCGUAAGAAAUAUGUUCCUUGUGAAAUCGGGUUAAAAGAAUCAGUUGAUUUUAUUAAGGAACCCAGGGAAGUUAUGAACUUUACGCAGUUUUCGCUAGAGUACAUUGACCAAGAGGAAAGGCUUUCUAGUAGUGGUGUAUAUGAACCUAGUUUUGGAGGGCAUCCGACCCUUGAGGAAAGAGAGCGGUCUUUUUAUGCCGUGAAUCAAACUCUUCAUUGCGGAUUUGUCAGAGGGCCUGCAGCGUCCUCGAGCACUGGAUUUGAUAUAGAUGCGAAGGACAAGGCAUAUAUGAAUGGUUGUAAAGUUGCAGUAUCUUCUUGCAUUUUUGGAAGUUCUGACUUUUUGAGAAGGCCUACGAGUAGAAAGAUCAGUGACUAUUCCAAGAAAAAUGUAUGUUUUGUAAUGUUUUUGGAUGAAGAAACCCUGGCAAAAGUAACAUCAGAGGGGCAUGUUCCUGAUGAUACGGGACAUAUUGGCUUGUGGAAGAUAGUUAUAGUGAAGAACUUACCAUAUGCAGAUAUGCGCAGAACUGGAAAGGUGCCUAAACUUUUAUCACAUCGCCUUUUUCCCUCAUCAUGGUAUUCCAUUUGGCUUGACAGCAAGCUGCGACUUAAUACUGAUCCGAUGCAGAUUAUCGAACACUUUUUAUGGCGAGCAAAAUCAGAAUUUGCCAUUUCCAAUCACUAUGACCGGCAUUGUGUUUGGGAGGAGGUGCUCCAAAAUAAGCGUCUAAAUAAAUAUAAUCACAAAAUGAUUGAUGAGCAGUUCAGAUUUUACCAGUCUGAUGGCCUCGUCAUGUUUAACUCCUCAGACCCAAAUACUCCUCUUCCAAGUUAUGUUCCCGAAGGUUCAUUUAUAGUCCGUGCACAUACGCCUAUGUCAAAUUUAUUUUCAUGCCUUUGGUUUAAUGAAGUUGACCGUUUUACCUCCCGCGAUCAGCUAAGCUUUGCAUAUACUUUCUUGAAAUUGAGGAGAAUGAACCCAGAUAGACCAUUCUACCUAAAUAUGUUCAAGGACUGUGAGCGCAGAGCAUUAACAAAGCUAUUCCGGCAUAGGGCAGAGCUAUCUACCCCACCCGUUGAUUAA